UGCUGUAUUAAAACACUUUGCUGAGGUAUUUUAUCAGUAUCACAUGUCACAUAUCUGUUGACUUCCACAUAUUUCACAGUUUUGCUUCCGUAAAAGGCUGGGCAGUGAGGGCAGGAUCACGUGGUGGUCGUUGUGAAAUCUAAUUGGCUGCUGCUGGCUCGUUUUGAAAACGUCGUCUAGUUUGAGGCGGAGGGAAGAUUCAAAAUUGUAGCAACAGAAACGCCGAAACCGAGACAGGCAGCACGAAACAAUGAACAGACAAGCGAAGGGUAGAACACCUCGCAGGCCUCCUCCAAAAAAGCCUCCCAACAGCCAGAAAGACCCUGUUGGGGUGUACUGUCGUGUGCGGCCUCUGGGUGCGGGGGACGAGGAGUGCUGCAUUGAGGUGAUCAGCACCACCACCAUCCAGCUGCACGCCCCUGAAGGCUUCAAAACCAACCGCAAUGGAGAAUAUAAAGAGACACAGUACUCCUUUAAAAAAGUCUUUGGAAUCUCAGUAUCUCAAAUGGAGCUCUUUGAGGAUGUGGCCAAACCGCUCGUAGAUGACCUCAUCCAUGGAAAAAAUGGUCUGCUCUUCACGUACGGAGUGACAGGCAGUGGGAAGACAUUCACCAUGACUGGCUCUCCAGGCCAGGGAGGACUUCUACCUCGCUCUCUCAACAUGAUCUUCAACAGUAUUGGUCCCUACCAGGCCAACAGAUAUAUUUUUAAGACGGAUGAUAAAAAUGGCAUGGAGGUUCAGAGUGAAGUUGAUGCUUUGUUGGAGCGCCAAAGGCGGGGAAACAAUGUGACUGUUCCUAAGACACCCUCGUCCAGACAAAAGCCUGAUCCUGAGAUUGCUGACAUGAUCAAGCCAGACGAGGCUUAUAAAGCAGAUGGUGUGGAUGCGGACAGCGGCUACAGCAUCUUCGUCUCCUACAUUGAAAUCUACAACAACUACAUUUAUGAUCUCUUGGAGGAAACUCAGGAAGAUGCAAUCAAGCCAAAGUGGAAUGGUGGAGGCACACCUGUGCGCCAGAAUACUGAGUUCAUACCUCCUCAGUCUAAAAUCCUCAGAGAGGAUCAGAAUCACAACAUGUAUGUGGCUGGUUGUAUGGAGGUCGAAGUCAAGUCUGCUGAAGAGGCUUUUCAAGUGUUCUGGAGAGGUCAAAAGAAGAGGAAGGUUGCAAACACCUGUCUGAACAGAGAGUCCAGUCGCUCACACAGUGUGUUCAUUAUUAAAAUGGCUCAAGCUCCACUAGACGCAGACGGCACCGACCUUCUCCAGGAUAAGAACCAGGUGAGCGUCAGUCAGCUGUGCCUGGUGGAUCUGGCUGGAAGUGAGCGUACUGGCAGGACGGGGGCAGAAGGCACUCGUAUACGGGAAGCAGGUAACAUCAACCAGUCUUUGCUGAAUCUGCGGACGUGCAUUGAGAUACUUCGAGAGAACCAAAUGUGUGGCACAAACAGGAUGGUCCCCUACAGAGACUCCAAAGUAACCCACCUGUUUAAAAACUACUUUGAUGGAGAAGGAAAAGUCAGGAUGGUUGUUUGUGUGAAUCCAAAGGCUGACGAUUACGAGGAAACCUUGCUGGUGAUGCGGUUUGCAGAGAUGACCCAGGAAGUGGAAGUGGCUCGGCCAGUGGACAGGCCCAUCUGUGGCUUCACUCCAGGCCGUCGUCACAGAAACCAGGCAUUCAAAGAGGAGCUGUCUCGCCGGCUGGAGGAGCGUGGCGGUCCAGUAGACAGGGAUGUCUCAUCUGUUAUGAACUACAUGGUGCACAGCCUCCCACCUCUCCCCUCCUCCGAGCUCACUGACCCACAUGAUGACAUCACCCUGCCACGACUGAUUGAAGCUCUGCAGAACAGACACAGAAUCAGACAGAUGAUGAUUGAAGACUACAACAAAGCAGCCAACAUGAUGAAGUCUAUGCUUCAGGAUCUGGAUGCCAACCUCAUUUCCAAAGACAACUUUAUUCAUGAACAAAAUGGCAAACUGGCAGAAAGAGACAAAAUCAUCCAGAGCAACAAGGCAGAGAUGGAACGUUUGGAAAAGAAAAACAAGAUGCAAGAACAUAAGAUCGACAUCCUGCAAAAAACAACAAAAAUCUAUGAGGAUGACAAGCGGUCAAUGCAGCAGGAGCUGGAAACCAGAGAACAGCGGCUGCACAGGGAACUGUCUGAGAAGAGACGCAUGGAGCAGCGCAUGCACGGCAUGGUCUCAGACACUCAGCACAAAUGGGAGAAAGAAUGUGAGAGACGCGUUAAUGCAAUGCAGCUUGAGAUGCAAAACAAGCUCUGGGUGAAAGACGAAAAGCUGAAGCAGCUGAAAGCCAUUGUUACAGAGAGCAAGACUCCAGGACGUCCCCAGCCUCCACCGCGUCAGACGCAGCCUCAGCGGCCUUCCAGAGAGGAACGCCUCCCGGCAAAGAGAUCUGCCUCCCCGUCGCCUCUUCCUACGACGACACCAGUACGGCCGCUGCACCGUCGUUCCCGUUCUGCCGGUGGUGAGAAGUGGGUGGACCACAAGCCGACCUCCAGCCUGGACUUGGGCACAGUGUUGCAGCCCGUCAUUCCUAAUGCCAUCCAGGUGUCUACACCCAGUGAGAAGAACCUGUCUAAGUGUGACAAAUAUGUGUUAACGCACCAGGAGGUUGCCUCUGAUGGCGAGAUAAAGACCCAACUUAUUAAGGGUGAUGUGCUUAAAACCAGAGGAGGAGGACAAGCCGUCCAGUUCACAGACAUCGAGACACUGAAACAGGAGCUCACCACAGUCCCAAGCCGGAAGAGGAAAUCUUCAGAAGGCACCCCGACAGGUGGGGAUGGAACAGAUGGAGCCUGGACUGAUGUGGAGACAAGGUGCUCCGUGGCCAUGGAGAUGAGGGCUGGAUCGAACAUGGGACCCGGAUAUGAGCACCACGGGAUCACCAAGCGCAGAAAACCUUGAAAGCGUUGAGCGGCUGCAGCAGUGAUCACUACACUCCUCUCUCCUGACCUGACUGUUGUGCAAUAGUCUGAAGUUUGUUUUUGUAGUAGCUCUAGGGAUUAUAUUUAAACAUUUUCUAUGCUUUUUAUAUAUGCAACAGUGUAUAUACCUGGGUCGCCAAAGCUAUUUUGUAAAGUAUUUUAUACGCUUUUUUCCCUGUUGAGUCAAAUACAAAUGUUGUUGGACUGAGUCAAAUGAGUGGCAGAUGUUUAGUUACUGUGGAUCUACAGCUGAAAAGAAAAAGAGUGUUUGCACAGUUGUUACUCGGCACAUGAGAAGUUAUUGUGAAGCUGCCAUAAUAUUGAUUUAUGUCUGCUAUAAACUGUUUGACUGUAUUACACUGAGCUACAGGUAAAGUUUAAAUCAUCAGCUUAUUUUGGAAGUUUUUUCUUUCACUGUACACUCAGGAAUAAAAUUCCUUUAAAGUA